CAUACAAUGAAUAAGGUUUUCUAUAUUCAUGUAUUUAAGGACCAAAAGACCUCGGGGAAUCAAGAGCAAACCAGCACUCUUCCUUCCACGAUAUCAGCUACCUUGAUCUCAUUCAACGCUUCAUCAUGACCAUCCCGGCGACCAAAGAAAUCGUCUUCAUCACUGGAGCCAAUACUGGUAUCGGAUAUGCGGCGGUCAAGAGCCUCCUCCAGUCUCCUAAGCCCUACCACAUUCUCCUCGGCUGCCGCUCCUUGCUGAAAGGCAAUGCAGCCAUUGCAAAACUUGCUGAGGAAACAGACAAUAGCCACAGCAUCGUUGAGCCAGUGGAGAUUGACAUUUCGGAUGAUGAUUCGAUCCAGCGAGCUUUCGAAAUGGUUCGGGACAAGUUUGGACGUGUCGAUGUUCUCGUUAACAAUGCGGGUGUGUGCUUUGACGACCACUUUGAGAAUGACGGCAAGAACUUUCGUAAGAUUUUCAACGAAACAUACAACGUCAACGUGGCAGGGACACAAGUCGUCACCUACACGUUUGCCCCCCUGCUUGUCAAGUCGUCGGCUCCCCGGCUUCUCUUCAACACCUCUGGCAGGUCUAGCCUAGCCAAAGAGGCCGAGUACGACGACAAGGCGUCCGCAUUCGGGCCUGGGUGGCCCAAGGGAAUUGGAAGUUUCUGGCUUGCCCAGGGCUAUCGGUGCGCCAAGGUCGCCCUCAACAUGGUCAUGGUGACAUGGCAGACGAUCCUCAAAGACGACAAUGUCAAGGUUUGGUGCAUCAACCCGGGUUUAUUGGCCACGAACCUCGGUGGGAGCAAGAGCCGCUUGGAGAAGAUGGGAGCGGGCGAUCCGUCGAUUGGAGGGAACCUGAUGCGCCAGGUGAUUGAGGGGGAGAGAGACGCGGAUGUCGGCAAGGUUGUCUGUCGAAAUGGGGGCGUCCAAGCUUGGUAGACUUGAUAGGUCCUUUCAUCUGUUUUCGCUUCUUGAUCGGAUAUUUACACCUUCUCCCUCAAUUUUAUUCGGCACCGCCAAGGGCAUGUGUGACUUGUGGUUAAGAGAGCGUUCAUGCCCUUGCUUCAUGUAAACUGAUAUCCCUUUGUGUUUUCAAUGAAUGGCAUUACCUUCUCAGCUG